AUGGCUGAGUUGAACGACUCUGCAGAUGUUUUUGCCAAUAGCAGCACAGAAACAGUCCAAGAAAACUUAGACUACAAAGAUUUCUUGGCUAACACCAAGAAAGGCUCCAUGUUACCGUUUAUGGACGAUAGUAGAUUUGAUGAAUUCCGAAGUCAUGUCUUCACUUCAUCACCAAUGUCUCCACAGAACAAAAUACUCGACGAUUCUGAGAACAUUAGCUUUAUCGCUAAUCAGUUUAUCUCUGAAGCUUGCAAUGUUCCUGUCGUCCUCUACUGUCCCUUUUGCUGCUUUACGUGUCAUUUUGAAUUCAUCUUCAAAGACCACAUAAAGAAUUCUCAUCCAACUGAAAUCAUGAAUAUUGCCAAAAGUACCAACUACUAUUUUGAGUUUCACGCUUGUCCUUUCUGCCAUGCUAAAUUUUAUGUAAAAGAUCUUCUUCCAAAACAUGUUCUGCACAAACAUGAAGAUUCGGUUGUCUUCUUGGGCCUCGGGCGAAACAACUAUGCUCAGUGUAGGUUUUGUUCCUUCAAACUGCUGCAAAAACACGUCAAGAGGUUGAUUAUGCAUGUGGAGAAAAAACACAUGAAUGAACUAGAGAACUUUCUCAAGCAUCAGAACACGAGCAUCACUCUCAGUUCAAAAGAUAUGAAAUUUUUUUGUGAAGAUAUUGAAGACCUAAACUCAGCGGAUGACGACAAAGCAAUGAAAAAGCCUACUGCCAGUAGAAGUGGAGGUAAAGUGAAACGAGUGAAAUCGAUUCUAAAACCUCCUAAGGAUCCAUUGGAGGAAAUGAACCUUCAUGAUGAAAAUCGCUGUGCUGUAACACCACCUAACAACGGAAGUUACGAAGCAAUCAGGAUACAAAAUAGUGCUCGUCGAAAACUUAGAUUUGAUAUACCAGAAUCUAUUGACGAGGAUAAAGAAAACACUGGUAUGGUUGACCUGAAUAAAGAAAAGAAGAAUAAAAUCAGGUGGUUUUCUUUGUUUAAAAAAGAGAAAAAGCCACAGACUCAGUUGUCAUCGACCUUCAAACCAAUUACUACACCACCGAAAAACCCUUGCGAGAAGACCACUUCUUUCUUUACCAAGUUUCAUUUGGAAAAUGACGGUAUAAGCCCACUAACUACGAAUCACUUCAAAUGUGGCUUGUGUCAUGAGGACUUUGAGAACAACGCACAGCUUCUGAAUCAUCUGCAGUAUCACCACAGAGGUCUCAACUUGACGGCACAGUAUCGCUGCGGUGCUUGCAACGCCAAGUUCUACAGGAAUAGCUAUCUUGUACGUCACUGCUGGUUUCACCACACUCCGCUUUGUCUUAAGAAAGGCCAGCAAGAUGAUGCCAUGUAG